AGAUGAAAGCGCUUUCCAAUGCCACAUUGCAAUGGCCAAAGACAGGUUAGGUUCAGAUUAUUCAGAGAAUAUAAGUGAAAUAACACCAAGUAGCAGCUGCAUGAUUGGCUCUAUUGAUAAGUGCUCAUUGCGCGGCUGCAGCGGUAUGUUCCAGGAGCCGUUUUUCCUGCACCCGCCGGGCUCACGGCCUCGAGACGGCCUCUACAUUAAUCCGAUGAACUCGCCCUUCCAGACCAGUCGACAGAAGGAAAGCGCUAGUCACGGCUCUUCUGAGUCCUUUUAUCUACACAGUCCUCACGACCUCAUCUAUACGCGCAUCACACACCUGUUCGAAGAUGGUGGCGAUCGGACCAACGUUAACAGCCGCUCGUCGACCGAAGGGAAGGACGAUACUCUAACUGUGAAAGUGGAUGUGCACAUCAAUAACGGUACGCUAAUACCGAAUGGAAGUACUAACUCCUUGAGAUCCGAGCUGGCCAAGGACAGUGGUAGCGAACAUGCCUACGAACAAAUCUGCAUCGGUCACGAGGAGCAGGGCAACCACAAGUAUACAGGAGCCGCCAAGAAGCACCCCGAUAAUGCCUCGGAUAUCAGCAGUCGAUCACGUAAGAUGGAUCGACGAUACAGCAGAAGCAGCAGUGCUAGUGAAUCAUCUAAUAUGAGUAGCGAAGUCCAUUGUUACUCUUCAACGACGUCGACUCCCUCACUUUCUCGUAACAGUAGCAAUGAGCGUAUGAGCAAAAGUCCGAAGGUUACGGAAAUAUUGGCAGGGAAUAAUUGUAAAAUUUUAGAAAGGAAAACCUCGACGACGAGCUCGACAAGAGCAGAAAGUGAAAAGGGGACGAAGGCAGUGAUCUCUGGAUCCAGUAUGUUUAGGCCACCGCCUCCGCCACCGCCACCACCGCCGGAAAUUGAGGAGGUAGUGAUUGUUACUUCCAAAAUUGCCGAGAAUAAUAUUAAGGAACAGAAGCUUAACGGAAAUCAGUCAUCAACACAAGAGCAAAAAUUCAACUCUAAUAUUACGACCAUUUCCGCAGUGGCUGCCAGACCCAACGACGAGGACGAUGCCGCCGCCGUGGCUCAACGAGUUCCCGGGGACUCGGCAGUCGGCAGCUGUACGCCGAACGCCAGCGCCGAGGAGGAGAGUCGAUGCACUACGAGUGUACAGCCAACGGGGACGUCUCAUCCGCUCAGUAGGCACAUGGUUCUACCCUUCAUACCGCCCAAGUUCGCCAACCAGGCCACGGACUCCGAGAGUUUGCUCAAACCCUCGGAGUAUUUGCGCAGUAUUUGCAAGGGAGCCACCUCCGGUCCAGCCAACAGCCUCUCCAAAGCCAGAUCGGUGGAUAAUUUGGACAUCCAGGGCUGUGGAAGCGACGACGAGAACCGAAAAAGCGAUGGAGAUGUGCAGCCCGUGAGGACGGAGUUGUCAGGACCACCCCCACCGCCUUUACCGCCACCACCCAAUAACGGUAUUGUUACAUUGUUAUCAACAAAUUCGACGGCCGAAAGGGAACACCUGGUGAAGCAAAGUCAGCAUCAGCAACAGCAGACACAGCAGCCCUUGGCUACUAUUAGCAUUCAGGAUCUAACAAGUGUUCAGCUGAGGCGUACCAAUGUCAAGAUGAAUGCUACGAAAACAUUUUCAGCCCCACCCAAUCGCAGCGUUUCCAUGACCAAUGUGUCGGAAGCAUUUUUUAUUCAGAAAACAGACUUGAUAGCAGAAUUGAAAAAAACAAAAGAUAUUCCCGGAAUAAAGAAGUUAAAAGUACAGCGCGCUCAAGUUGAAAAGUCAGAAGAGCAAAAUCUUAUCACAGAAAUUAAUAAAGCUUUUAGUAUUUCCAAUUUUGUAGACCAAAUUCCAGAAAAAGAUAAUUCUGGGAAUGUUAUUCCUAUAUGGAAGAGACAAAUGCUAGCGAAAAAAGCAGCUGAACGUGCAAAAAAAGAAUUAGAAGAACAAAUUGCACGAGAAAACGAGGAAAAAAGACAAAAAGCAAUACCACCUUGGAAAAGACAGUUAUUGGCUAAAAAAGACAGCGAAAUAAAAAUUGUAGGGGCUAAUCCAGUACAAUCUGUUGCGUCAGUAACUAUUCCCUUGGCGAAAGUUGAGAGUCCAUUGAUUUCAAAAAAGGACAUCAGCGUCGACAAUCCACCAACUUCUUCUAAUAUAUUGCUGAUUUCAGCAAUGCCAUCUAAAUCAAGUGAAGAAAAUAAAUCUGCAAUAAUUCAAGAAGACGAAAAAAGAAAUGGAACAAAUGAUGAUUCCGAGUUUGUGCAUAUUAUUCCGUGGCGAGCGCAGCUACGUAAAACCAAUAGUAAACUCAAUAUUCUGGACUGAUACGAUUCAGUACAAAAUAUUUUGAAUUUUUCUCUUUUAUUGUAUUUGUGACA